AUGAUGUAUAGUAAUUUGAUCUUGCUUGCUUUUAUUUCAUUAUUAAUACCAAUUACUGGUAAAAAAGAUGAUGAACCAGAUUUACCUGCAGUAUCAUAUACAGCUGGUCGAAGUUCAAAAUCAGCAUUUGAUGCACAAUUUCCUCGUGGUCGUUGUCCAGAACGAUUUUAUCAAAUAGGUGAAGAAUGUUUAUAUUUUUCUAUUGAUGGCAAAAUCUAUUCAUGGCAAAAUGCAGAUCGUAUAUGUGCACGACGUAUAGGUAAUAUCUUAGAACAACAAUCAUCAUCAAAUCCUGAUCAACCAAAUAUGAAACCAACUAAAGGUGUAAGACAAUUGAUAUUAAAUACUCCGGAAAAAACUGAAAUAUUACGAGCGUUUUCUCAAGAAUAUAAUGAACAAAAUUUUGCUAUUCGCCUUCCAUCUGAUUAUAACACAUUACAACGAUGUAAUGAUGCACAAGAUUACAAAUGGCCAUUUUAUUGUGCAAAUACACAAAAUACUAAUUCAAUGUGUAUUGAAGAUACAUCAAAUGGUGCAAAUGAUAUUUGCUUACGAGAAGUUGAUUGUAAUCAAAGAUAUUUAAGACUUGCAUGCGAAUUUACAUUACCUGGAAGUGCUGAAUUAACAAAUUCACAAUUUCGUCAUUGUACAAAAAUUCGUGGUCGAGGUCGUCGUUUACCGAUGUGGGCAUGGAUUGCAAUAAUUAUUGGUGGUACACUACUUCUUUUAAUUAUUAUCGGUGUUAUUAUUGCAUUGAUGACGAAAUCAAAAAAAAAAACAUCACGAUCGAAAAUAACUUUACCUGAACCUCGUCGUCCAGAUGAAAAAGGUAAAGAUAAUUUUGUCUAUGAAUUCUCUACAUUUUCUUCUGUUUUAGUUAUUCGAGUUCCACCAAGACGUGCUGAUCCAGCUGCUGAACCAAUGCUUACUCGAGCUGCUCCAACUAAUGAAUCUAAUACAGAUUAUUUACAACCUCGAUCAUCAGCAGCUGAAAAUACUUCAAAUGCUUAA